CCAUGCCAACUGGCCAUAUAGGAAUGUUAUAUAUAUAGAUAUAAGCUAUGUUGAAAAUGGGAGACAGUGGGUCGAGUGAUCAAAUAAUGGAUGAGGAAUUCAGUGCCGAAAAAUUAUUGGAUGAACAAAUCCCCGGCGAAGAAGGACUUGGUGAUGUGAUCGAUGAAAAAAUUUUGGAUGAAUCGUUACUUGAUGAAGAUGAUUUCAAUUUUGAGGAUUGUACCGAGCCAAUUGUAGAUUAUUUCUUUUCUGAGGAUCAAUCAACCGCUGAAGAUGAAUUGGAACCUGAAGACUCUGAAUUAUUUGAUCGUUUGGUUAAACAGGAAGAUGAACUGAAAGAAGAAAUUGUUAAACAUAAAAUUUUAGUAGUGGGUGCUGGUGGUAUUGGAUGUGAAGUAUUAAAGGAUAUGGUACUGACAGGAUUUACAGAUAUUGAAGUGAUUGAUUUAGACACCAUAGAUGUCAGCAACUUAAAUCGUCAAUUUUUAUUCCGACGUCAACACGUCUCCCAACCCAAAGCAACUGUUGCACGAGAAAGUGCGCUUGAAUUUAAUCCGAACGUAAAAAUUAAGGCAUAUCAUGAUUCAAUUUUCAGUGAACAAUUCGGUGUUGGAUAUUUUGAACAAUUCAAAUUUGUUUUGAAUGCAUUGGAUAAUCGUGCAGCUCGUAAUCAUGUAAAUCGAUUAUGUUUAGCAGCGAAUAUUCCAUUAAUAGAAACAGGAACAUCUGGAUAUCAUGGUCAAGUGGAAGUGAUUAUUAAAGGAUUAUCACAAUGUUACGAAUGUGAACCAAAACCUACACAAAAAACUUAUCCUGGUUGUACAAUUCGUAAUACACCUUCAGAACCAGUCCAUUGUAUUGUUUGGGCCAAACAUUUAUUCAAUCAAUUGUUCGGAGAAGAAGAUGCUGAUAAUGAGGUAUCUCCAGAUUCAUCUGAUCCAGAAUUAUACAAACCAGAAACACCACCAGACACAGUACCAGGCCCAGGAAGUUCAAGUGAACCAGCACCAAAACGAAUGCGAAUUCAAACAUUUAAAUUGAACACAGUAGAAUGUAGUCCUAGUACAAACGAAGUAAUAGAAAGAUUAUCUAAAGAUCCAGAUUGUAAACCUGCAGAUCUUUUACGUAUUGUACGCGAUGCUGAAGCAUGGAGACUUCCUAAUGUUCCUCCCGUUGUAUUUCAAUCACCAGAAUCUCCCGACGAAGACUCAAAAGCAUCAAAGGAAAAUAUACCACCACGUGAAUACAGAGAAGAAGCUAAUAGAAGCGAUAGCAAAACAAAUGAGAAUAGUGAAAAUAUUCAACCAGAUGGAAAUGUUAAACGAACUUCAACUCGUGAAUGGGCUCGUGAAGGUGGAUUUUCACCAGAGUUAUUACAUAAAAAAUUCUUUGUUGAUGAUAUUGAAUAUUUGUUAUCAAUGAAAACCUUAUGGAAAACACGUCGGCCACCAACACCUAGUCAAAUUAAUAUUUCGGAAUUACCCGACGAUGUAAAUGCAGGAUAUGAAGGUCUCGAUCGUACAAUGAAAGUAUGGACAUGGCCCAUGUGUACAAAAGUAUUCGCUGACAGUCUAAAAAUAUUAGCUGAACGUUAUACAAAAUUAGAAGCUGGUGAUUAUUUAACAUGGGAUAAGGACGAUGAUGUUGCACUAGAUUUUGUUACAGCAUGUGCAAAUAUACGAUCGUAUAUCUUUGGUAUACCAUCAAAGAGUCGUUUUGAUGUAAAAGCAAUCGCUGGUAAUAUUAUACCAGCAAUUGCAACAACUAAUGCAAUUGUAUCUGGUAUUGCUAUUUUCAAUUCAUUGAAUAUUCUGAAAAACAACUUAACGAAAAUUACAACGGUACAUCUUCGUAAAUAUCCAAAUCCAAAUGGUGAAUUAUUUUUACCAGAAAAAAAUAUUAUACCACCGAAUCCAGAAUGUUAUGUAUGUGCUUCACAAAACGAGGUAAUUGUAGAUGUAGAUGUGAAUCGUAUGACUGUCGAAGAAUUCGAAAAAUCGGUAUUAAAAGAAGCUUUAAAAUUGGGAGCACCUGAUGUGGCAAUCCCAUCAAAACAAUUAAUCUUAAUAUCAUCCGAAGAAGGUGAAACUGAAGCAAACAACAAGAAAACUUUAAUUGAAAUGGGUGUAACAAAUGGAUCAAUUUUACAUGCGGAUGAUUUUGAUUCCGAUAAUAAAUUUAGUAUUAUAAUUCGGCAUUCAGCACGAAUGAACUUGGAUGAACCAUUAUUUACAAUUAAGAAUUUGGUGCAAGCGAAAGUUCCGGAAGUUAAAGCACCGGAACAGAAGAGUGAUAAUGAACCAAAAGAGAGUGAUAAUGAACCAAAACCGGGAUGUAGUAAAGAUGUGGAUUCAGGAGCAGUUGCAGUUGCACAAGAUGACGAUGACGAUGCUAUUAUGUGUAUUGAUGAUGUAGAAGUAGAAGAGAAAGAAGUGCCCAAAACAAAUGGAAAAAGUACAGAUCCUUCACAAAUUAAAAGUAGUACGAAACUCCAGGCAGUUGGAAAACAUAAAUUAGAUGAUGAUUUACCGACGACUACAAAUCCAACAAAAAAACUAAAAGCAGAUGAUUCAACCAGUAAUUCGAAACCAUGAUUUUUUAGUUUAUGCAACAUAAUAUAAAAACAUUUAAAAAAAAAAAAAAAACUUCUAAGACCUUAAUAUUAUUUUGUCGCCAAAAUAAUUGUACCACAAUCGAAUUGUAUUUUUUUAAAAAGUAGAUUCAUCCAGAUUAAGCCUUGAAGAAAGCAAAAACUGCUGGAAUUGUAAGCACUCGGAAAAUUAUCUCAAACUUUAUACAGCUUGGCAUUGAGUAACCAGUCGAGCAAAAGGGGCGCCAAAGUAAAUAUUUCGUUUCAAACUUUUGACUGAUAGGCACAUGUGUAAAAAACUAAAGGCAGCCAUAUAUUUUGAUACUGUGGUUAUCUGUGAAAGUUCAUACAAAAUACCUUCCGCACUUACACUCCGCCAAUACCUUCAGUUUUAACAUCGACAGUCGAGAAAUCUACUAAGCAAAUUAAUUUGAGAUCUUUUUCGUGCGUUUUAGCAUAUCUAGCCUUUUUUUCUUCAAAACUUAAUCUGGAUUUAUAAAUAUUAACGAAGAUAAUAAAAUUUCGAUUUUU